AUGCCAGGCCCUGGUCCUCACCUGAUGUAUGCCAUGGGCUCGGGCUUGGGUCUAACCGCCAUCUCUAACGGCAGAUUUAGCCCACACCACACACUCACCUACACCGUCAACGCCUUCUUUGGACCUGAUAUUGGUUCCUUCUCCGAGUGGCUCGGCUCACUUCUUGGUGGUCCAGCUGAUACCGCCGUAGCCGAUCUCAUCCACCAUCCAUUCUACUACAUCCUUAUCUUAGGAAUUCCUCUCUCUUUUCUUUACUCCAAGAUUUCAUCUUUUCUUCUUCAUUCACACCUACUUCAUUCUUCUCUCCCCAAGGUGCCUCUUACAAAGAUGCAGUGUUUUUUCUUGAUUUCCGCCGGCUCUUUUACUCACUUCUUUUUAGAUCAUCUCUUUGAGGAGAAUGGGAAAACAACCAUGUACACUUGGAUUUUGAGCACUGGCUGGUGGGAAGGUAGAGCACCAGUUAACCCGGAUGCAGUUGUUGUAGUGAGCUUCUUAUGUGCUUGCUUAAUUGGUGGAUUCUUCUAUCUAAACAGAGCAAGUUCCUCAAAUUCAAUAAAGAAAAAAUCAUAUCAUUCUAUGAUACUUAUGAUAUCCUUAGCUUCUUUAUACGGCUUAUGGUGUAUAACUCAGAUAUACUGGAUCAAUCCACGUCGUCCAGCGGUUGGAGAAGAAGCUGAUCUUGGUGUUCUUGUGUUCUUAGCUAUAUAUUUCUUUCUACCUUAUGGUUUGUGUAUAAUGUCCAUGUAUCCAAAAGAUCUUGAUUCUAAUCAAAUUCCACUUUAA